GCGGGCGGUGGCGGGUUUGGCGCGCGCGCUGGCGGCGGGCCGCGCUUCCCGCCGUGGGCCAUGUCUCGCCAGAGCACCCUGCUCCGCUUCUUCCCCAAGGCUUCCCCGGCACCGCCUCGGGCGGCUGCACCGGCACCGGCACCCGCUCCCGUCCCUCCGCAGGCCGGCGCCGGCACCCGCCGCCGCGUUUCAGGGGAGCAGAAUGGCCGCCAGGCCGCCGCCGCCGCCACCACCAGCCCCACCGCCGCGGCGAGCAACGGUGCACCGGGCAGAGCUGCGGCCCGGCGCAAGGAGGCGGGGGAGAAGGGCGGAGGGAACGGCGCGGCCGCCAAGGCCCCCAGUGUCUCCUGUGAGUAUUCACCUGGUGACUUGGUCUGGGCCAAGAUGGAAGGUUAUCCUUGGUGGCCAUGUCUCAUAUACAACCAUCCGACUGAAAGAACAAUAGUCAGAGGAAAAGGGAAAUCCACUCGUGUCCACGUACAGUUUUUUGAUGACAGCCCUACAAGGGGCUGGGUCAGUAUUAAAUAUCUGAGGCCAUAUAAAGGUUCAUCAGAUGGGGAGACACGGAAGGGAGGUAUGUUUUAUAGUACAAAGCCUGAAAUUAAGAGAGCAAUGGUGCUAGCGGACGAUGCAAUGAGUAAAGAUAAAACUAAGCGGCUUGAACUGGCAGUAUGCAGUGAACCUUCAGACACAGAGGAGGAGGAAGAGGAAGAGGAGGAAAUGGAGCAGAUGAGUGAAAGUGCAUCAGGCAACAGUGAUGACUGCAAUAGUGAGGAGGAUGUGAAGACUAAUAAGCGAGUAAUGAGCAGGGAAAGUGCCAUAAAAGCCAAAAGAAGAAGAGUGUUGGAUUCUGACAGUGAUCAUGAUGGUUCUGACGUAGAGUUCAAGCCUGAUGUGAAAGAAGUGGCAAGCAGUGAGGAAGGUAGUAGUGGGGUGGAUGAAAAUGAAUCUACUGACACAGAGACAGACACAGAGAGUGUUGCAGAAAGCCCCAUAAAAGUCCCUUCUAAACGAAAGAGAAGAGAGAUAAACAAGCCUGCUAAAAGGAGUAGCUUAGAAAAUGAACAUUCUGAAACGCCCAAAAGAGCAGCAACGGUUUCUUUAGAAGCCAAGUCUAAGCUGACAUCAUUUGCAGCACCUGAAACUUUUGAAUCUCAAGCAAAUACUUGCAGUGGAGGCACCAGUGGCUUCGCAGUAUGGGAACAUGAAAAGCUUGAUUGGCUGCAGGAAGGGAAAAAGAAAGAUGCGCACAGGAGACGGCAGAGUGACCCUGGUUAUGACCCAUGUACUCUGUAUGUACCUGAGGACUAUCUCAACAAGUGUACGCCAGGAAUGCGGAGGUGGUGGCAGCUGAAAAGUCAAAACUUCGAUGCUGUGAUUUUCUACAAAGUUGGAAAAUUCUACGAGUUGUAUCAUAUGGAUGCAGUCACUGGUGUAAACGAGUUGGGCCUGAUCUUUAUGAAAGGUACUUGGGCCCAUUCAGGUUUUCCAGAAACUGCAUUUGGCAGAUUCUCUGAUGUUCUAGUGCAGAAAGGCUACAAGGUAGCCCGUGUUGAGCAAACAGAAACUCCCGAAAUGAUGGAAACGCGCUACAAGUCAAUGGCCCACCCAACAAAAUUUGACAAGGUUGUACGCCGAGAAAUAUGCAGAAUCAUCACCAAAGGAACUCAGACUUACAGUGUUCUGGACUGUGAUCCCUCCGAGAACCAUAACAAAUACCUUCUGUGCGUUAAGGAAAAAGAAGACUCCUCUGGACAACGUGUUUAUGGGGUCUGCUUUGUUGACACGUCGGUGGGGAAGUUUUAUGUAGGCCAGUUCUCAGAUGACCGGCACUGUUCGAGGUUUAGGACUUUAGUAGCGCAUUACACUCCCGUGCAGGUACUGUAUGAGAAGGGGAACCUGUCUGUGGACACACAAAAGAUACUGAAGGGCUCACUUGUUUCUUGCAUUCAGGAAGGGCUGAUCUCUGGUUCCCAGUUCUGGAAUGCCUCUAAAACACUAAAAGUCCUUCUUGAAGAAGGAUAUUUCAAGGAGAAACAGAACUCUGAAAAUGGAUGUUCUCUGCCCUCUGUAAUCAAAUCUUUGACUUCAGAGAGCGACUCGCUGGGAUUAACUCCUGGUGAAAACAGUGAAUUAGCUUUGUCAGCUCUUGGGGGAUGUGUCUUCUAUCUCAAAAAAUGUUUGAUUGAUCAGGAGCUGUUAUCGCUGGCAAACUUUGAGGAGUAUGUCCCUGUGGAUAUUGAUACUGCAAAAACUACGAGUCCAAGUAGUUUCUUUGCCAAAACUGACCAGCGGAUGGUGCUGGAUGGAGUCACCCUGAUGAACUUGGAAGUCCUGCAGAAUGGAACCAAUGGAACCACAGAAGGUACUUUGUUGGAAAGGAUUGAUUCUUGUUGUACGCCAUUUGGGAAGCGACUCCUGAAACAGUGGCUCUGUGCUCCGCUUUGUAAUCCUAAAUCCAUCAAUGAUCGAUUAGAUGCUGUUGAGGACCUUCUGGCAGUGCCAGAUAAAAUGUCUGAAGUUAGCGAGCACCUGAAGAAACUUCCUGACCUUGAAAGGCUGCUCAGCAAAAUUCACAGUAUUGGAUCGCCACUUAAAAGUCAGAACCAUCCUGACAGCAGGGCCAUCUUUUAUGAAGAAAUCAAAUACAGCAAAAAAAAAAUUGCUGACUUUUUGUCUGCACUGGAGGGGUUUAAAGUAAUGAAUGAAAUUGUUGAUGUCAUGGAAGAAAUUGCCAGCGACUUCAAAUCUAAAAUCCUUCAGCAGCUGGUCACCCGCAAAGCCAAAAAUCCAGAUGGCCGCUUCCCAGACUUGAGUGCAGAGCUUAAAAGAUGGGAUACUGCUUUUGAUCAUAACCAAGCUCGAAAGACUGGAGUGAUUACUCCAAAGGCAGGUUUUGACCCCGACUACGAUAAAGCACUACAGGAUAUUAAAGCUGUUGAGGAAGAUCUUCACAAGUACCUGGAUAAGCAACGCAAACUGCUUGGAUUCAAAUCCAUGCUCUACUGGGGGGCAGGCAAAAACCGAUACCAAAUGGAAAUACCGGAAAGUGUAGUAUCACGUAAUUUGCCUGAGGAAUACGAGUUGAAGUCAACCAGGAAGGGAUAUAAACGUUACUGGACCAAGGAGAUAGAGAAGAUGCUGGCUGCCAUGGUUAAUGCUGAAGAGCGCAGAGAUGCAGCACUAAAAGACUGUAUGAGGCGUUUGUUUUACAACUUCGAUAAAAAUAGCAAAGACUGGCAGACAGCUGUGGAAUGCAUUGCUGUGUUAGAUGUCUUGAUGUCCCUUGCUAACUACAGUCAAGAUGGUGGUGGACCACUGUGCCGACCUGUAAUUCUACUGCCUGUGGAUAGUGCUCCUCCCUUCCUGGAACUUAAAAAUUCACGCCAUCCGUGUAUUACAAAAACUUUCUUUGGGGAUGAUUUUAUUCCUAAUGACAUUGUGAUAGGCAGCAAAGAUGAAGAUAGCAGUAGUGAAGCUUCCUGUGUGUUAGUAACUGGCCCGAAUAUGGGUGGCAAAUCUACGCUCAUGAGACAGGCUGGUCUCCUGGUUAUAAUGGCUCAACUGGGAUGCUACGUACCUGCUGAAGUCUGCAGGCUUACACCGAUCGACAGAGUAUUUACGAGGCUUGGCGCCUCAGACAGAAUUAUGGCAGGUGAAAGUACCUUCUUUGUUGAAUUGAGUGAGACUUCCAGCAUUCUCCAGCAUGCAACAGAGCAUUCCCUUGUCCUUGUGGAUGAACUGGGCAGAGGCACAGCUACUUUUGACGGAACAGCUAUAGCAAGUGCAGUUGUGAAAGAACUUGCAGAGAAAAUCAAGUGUCGGACCCUGUUCUCCACACACUACCAUUCGCUGGUAGAGGAUCAUUCACACAACGUGGCUGUGCGGCUUGGCCACAUGGCAUGUAUGGUUGAAAAUGAGAGUGAGGAUCCAAGCCAGGAAACAAUUACGUUCCUGUAUAAGUUCAUCGAAGGAGCAUGUCCAAAGAGCUAUGGCUUCAAUGCAGCAAGACUUGCUAAUAUUCCAGAGGAAGUUAUUCAGAAGGGGCACAGAAAAGCGAAAGAGUUUGAAAAAAUGACCCUUUCACUGAGAGUAUUUAGGUAUCUCUGCCUGGUGGUGGAUGGCGCAACAAGCGAUGCAAAUGCUGUUCAGAAACUUACCGCUAUGAUCAAUCAUCUUUAAGAACACAAGUGUUUUUGGUACUGGUGGUUUCUCAAAAAGGUGGUAUCAGACAACGUUAUGAUCUAAUAAACUUUAUUUUUUAAAAAUGA